AUGCCCCUUCCUUCACCCUUGAAUCCGGAGUCUCACUACGCAAUGUCCCUGUCGCAUAUACAACAAGAGGAAAAUUAUCAGCCUCUCGAGACAAUUGCGGACGUCAGUGACUGGUGGGGGCCUCUACUUGGUGGCCCUGGUCAGGCAUUUGAUGUCACGAGAUUUUUCGUCGUUUGUUUGAACAGUCUAGGUAGUCCAUACGGCAGUGCAAGUGCAGUUACAAGUAGAGAUGGAGAUAAGAAUAAGGGAAUAUAUGGCCCUGAGUUUCCGCUGACGACCAUCAGAGAUGACGUUAGAAUCCAUAAACUCGUCUUGGAUGACUUAGGAGUUCGACAAAUUGCAUCAGUGGUGGGAGGUUCGAUGGGCGGUAUGCUUGUUUUGGAAUAUGCAUUUUUUGGCAAGGACUAUGUGCGCAGUAUUGUCCCAAUCGCAACCUCGAGUCGUCACUCUGCAUGGGGUAUAAGUUGGGGGGAGGCGCAACGACAGAGUAUUUACAGCGAUCCAAAAUACGAGGAUGGUUACUACUCAUUCGAUGACCCUCCCGCAACUGGCCUAGGCGCAGCUCGCAUGUCUGCACUUCUGACAUAUCGAAGUCGAAAUUCAUUUGAAUCUCGCUUUGGUAGAAAUGUCCCUGAUCCGUCCAAACGGCAAAAUAUCAAUGGCACAUUACGUCUCCCUACACCACCCAACGAACACUGGGCAGUUCACAACGAUGGCCAUAGGAGUACUCGUUCUCCACCAGCCCCGAACAAUUCAGGGCCGGAAUCAAACGAGGUGUUCACAGAUCCCCAGUUUAACGGUGCAACUCUCUUCACCGCGCCCUCGUCACCUACCUCAACAGCCCCUUCCGAACGUUCCUGGCGACCCACAACAUAUUUCUCUGCGCAGUCAUAUUUGCGCUACCAGGGCCAAAAAUUCGUCAAGAGAUUCGACAGCAAUUGCUACAUAGCCAUUACGCGAAAACUUGAUACACAUGAUGUCUCCCGGCAUCGUGCGGACCCAGACUCCACAACCCCCGUUAAAGACGCCCUGUCUCAAAUCCAACAACCCGCACUCGUAAUUGGUAUUGAAAGCGACGGCCUGUUCACCUUUGCUGAACAACAGGAGCUUGCGGACGGCAUUCCUAAUUCACGCCUGAAGAAUAUCGAUAGCCCCGAGGGCCAUGAUGCUUUCCUCCUUCAAUUCGAGCAGGUGAACCGAUACAUUCUUGAGUUCUUUAGAGAGGUCCUGCCUGAUAUUAUGAACGCGUCUGGCAAUGAUACCGAUGGUGUUGUGGAUCAUGUGGGCCAGUUGACCAAGAGCAGCACCUUUGGCGAGGCAGAGGUGGAAGAUAUCACCGCGUGGUGA